AAUAGAGAGGGAUUUUCCCGCUUCAGCGUCUCUCAGUCCCUCUCUCGGCUUUAUCCUCUCUUCUCCGAAGCUUUUUUAUUUCAAAACCUUCGUUUUCUCCGCUUUUAUGGAAGAAGCUUGAAUCCUUCUCUCUUCUUCUUCCCUUUCCCUUUUUCGAGAUGGCCCUCGGUGGCUUGAUUUCUAACCGGAACUUGGGUUCCUUCAUCGGUUCAGGCAAUGGUUGUCAGAGACUUGGAAAAAGUCGUUCAGAGGUUUCCAACAGAGUUAUGCUUUUUCCAAAUGCAUUGUUGUGCCGUAAUCAUCAACCUCUGCAAGCUAGUUUACAGAAUGAAUUGAGACACAGGACAAGUCUUGGAUGUUUCCUUCAACCAAGAAUGGACUCUACGAUUAGGUUUAGGAACAGUUUCAAGGAAUGUGGAAUAAGCAAGAUCAACAGAUCUCGUGCUUACUACAAAUCAGAGGACUCCGAUAUCACUGAAGGAGUUGUGCCAUCGGCUGAUGGCUCAGCUGAAGCUAUUUUAGUUGAAGGGAAUCUACAGAACGCAUCUCCAUGGUGGCAGCAGUUUCCUAGACGCUGGGUGAUCGUCUUGUUAUGCUUUGCCUCAUUUCUUCUUUGCAAUAUGGACCGUGUGAACAUGAGCAUUGCAAUUCUUCCCAUGUCACAAGAAUAUAACUGGAGUAGUGCAACAGUUGGCUUAAUUCAGUCCUCUUUCUUCUGGGGCUAUUUACUUACUCAGAUUCUGGGAGGUAUAUGGGCAGAUAAGUUUGGCGGGAAGGUGGUUUUAGGUUUUGGUGUUGUCUGGUGGUCCUUUGCCACCAUUAUGACACCUAUUGCUGCUAGACUUGGUCUCCCUUUUUUGCUUGUCGUGCGAGCGUUCAUGGGCAUUGGCGAGGGUGUUGCAAUGCCUGCUAUGAACAACAUGCUUUCUAAAUGGAUCCCUGUCUCAGAGAGAAGCAGAUCGCUUGCACUAGUCUAUAGUGGCAUGUAUCUUGGUUCUGUUACAGGAUUGGCAUUCUCUCCUAUGCUGAUCCACAAGUUCGGAUGGCCAUCGGUUUUCUAUUCGUUUGGCUCUCUUGGAAGUAUAUGGUUUUUGCUAUGGCUAAAAUUUGCAUAUAGCUCUCCCAAGGAUGACCCGGGCCUAAGUGAAGAAGAAAAAAAGGUUAUACUGGGAGGUAGCAAACCACGGGAACCUGUUACAGUGAUUCCAUGGAAGCUAAUACUGUCUAAACCCCCUGUCUGGGCUCUCAUCAUUUCCCACUUCUGCCAUAAUUGGGGAACAUUCAUACUAUUGACAUGGAUGCCCACAUAUUACAAUCAGGUCUUGAAGUUCAACCUCACUGAAUCUGGGCUACUAUGCGUCUUACCAUGGCUAACCAUGGCUGUUUUCGCUAAUAUUGGAGGUUGGAUUGCUGAUACUCUAGUGAGCAGAGGUCUUUCAAUUACAAACGUUCGAAAGAUUAUGCAAUCAAUUGGUUUUCUAGGUCCUGCCUUCUUCCUGAGUCAGCUGAGCCAUGUCAAGACUCCAGCAAUGGCGGUUCUCUGCAUGGCAUGCAGUCAGGGCUCUGAUGCAUUCUCUCAGUCGGGUCUCUACUCUAAUCAUCAAGACAUUGGCCCACGAUACGCUGGUGUACUCUUAGGACUAUCAAACACAGCAGGAGUCCUAGCUGGUGUCUUUGGCACUGCAGCUACUGGUUACAUCCUCCAACGAGGUUCAUGGGAUGAUGUGUUCAAAGUAGCAGUUGCACUGUAUCUAAUUGGAACUCUGGUCUGGAACUUGUUCGCAACCGGAGAGAAAAUUCUCGACUAGACCCAACCUCGAACCAAGAAGCUAAUAGCCGCAGUGAAAUUGUGUGAGGAAGGCUUUAUAUUUUUCUUUCACUGCUGUAAAUUUGAUCUGAUAGUGAGAUCAAAUGUGAAAAAUGGUUCGCUGGUCUGUUUCAUAAAGUAACAUGUUAAAA